UUCACUCAGAGUCCUCUCUGCUUCUUCUUGCAGUUUCUGAAUGAGAAUGGCUACUCCCAGACCCUCACGGUGAAAUCACUACAAGGUCCUUCAACCAAGGAUUUUUUGAAGAUAUUCGCCUUCAUUUACAGCUUCAUCUGCCCGAACUACGAAAUCCCGGGCUCCAAGUUUGAGGAGGAGAUCCCCCGCGUAUUCAAAGACCUGGGGUACCCUUUUCCUCUAUCAAAAAGCUCCAUGUACACAGUCGGUGCCCCCCACACUUGGCCGCAGAUCGUGGCUGCGUUGGUCUGGCUAAUAGACUGCGUCAAGGUAACGUGCGAUUGGGCAGCAGGAAAAUCAUGUGUUCGAGGAGCCUCAGCUGGGUACAGGCAGAGCGAGAAUGGAAUUGAUUUCAACCAGGUGUUCCUGGACUACACUGUGAAGUGCUACGAUCAGUUUAUGGAGGGCAGUGACACCUAUGAGGAAGCGGACGCGGAGGUGUACGCCAAACUUAAGAACCUGUAUGCUGUGGACGAGCCUCACCUUGAGUCCCUGCAGACGGAGGCUCGGAGGUUGGCGGAGGAAAUUGAGAAGCUGGAGAAAGAAAAGGAGCGAGAGCCGGACCGUUUGGCCUCCAUGAGGAAACUGAAGGCCUCUCUGCAGACUGACAUCCAGAAAUAUCAGAAUUACCUGACGGAGAUUGAGUCUCAUUCUGCAUUGAUGGACCAGCGUGUCGGCAGCAUCAGCGAGGAGCUGGAGGCUGUAGAGCUGGAGUUUGAAGCGGUGAAGCAGGAGAACCUGAGACUGAAGAACGUCUUGGACCACCAGAAAUACUCCGUAGCCGACAUUGAGAGGAUUAAAUACGAGGAGAACGAGCUGAAGGAGACCCUCACCAAGCUGACCAAGGAGCUGGAUGAUGAGAAGCAGCUUCUGUGGAGCGAAGAGCUCAAAUACGCCAAGAUCAAAGAAUCGGUGGAAACAGAGAUUGCAGAGUUUCACAAGUUGGCGCGAAAAUUACGCUUGAUUCCCUCCACCGCAGAAAAUGCCAAUGGUUAUGAUCUCCAGAUCGAAUGUAACCUGGACAGCGAGGAGAGCCUGCACCACUGCCGAAACCAGAUCAAUGUAAGGAUCCCGGGGCGGGCCACCCACGCCCAAUAA